AGCAGAUGAGGACUGAGCUGCUUCAGACCACAUGCCGAGCGGACAUGGAUCACAGAGCGCUGGUUGUGUUACUGUCUCUCUGGAGCUCAGGAUUCUGGGCUAGAGACACAGACGGUGCUGCAGUAAUACUGCCUGAUGGUGUCAGGUUCCAGGAAGGAGCGACUCGUUGUGCUGGUACAUUGGAGAUAAACUACAACGGAGAUGGGAGGCUAGAGGAUGACCAGACGUUAGUAGCUGUGGCGUGCAGGCAGCUCGACUGUGGCUCUGCUGUGUCGUGGCAAACAAUUCGAAGCAGGACACUGUCUCCACUCAAGAACCUUAAUGCGAUGUUUGACUAUAACCCACCUUGGCCCGCCCUAAAGAUCACAUGUUCAGAGUCCGUCAGGCUGAACGGGACCAACCGGUGUUCAGGCAGACUGGAGGUGAAGUCCGAUGAGUCGUGGUCCUCGGUGUGUGAAGGGGAGUUCGACCAGCAGGUUGCAGAGGUGGUCUGCAGGGAGCUGAACUGUGGGGUUCCUUCAUUCCUCCAGGGGGCGCUCUAUGGAAAAGUGGAUGCUUCAGUGUGGAGCAGAGAGUUCCAGUGUGAAGGAAAUGAGUAUCAUCUCCUGGAGUGUCACAGAUCAACCUGCUCAUCGGGCCGAACACUUGGACUCACCUGCUCAGACCCUGGUGAUGUCAGGCUGGUGGGAGGAGCCAGCCAUUGCUCUGGUGUACUACAGCUGAAACAUCGUGGAGUCUGGAGAGCAGUGAAUUCUAAAGACUCUGUCUGGAACCUGAAGGCAGUCAAUAUAAUAUGUCAUCAGCUGGACUGCGGUUCCUCAGUUUCAACACAAAGGGCAAAAGAUUAUUUACGUACUGUGUGGAGGAUCAACUCAUCCUGUUUUCAGUCCACAUAUAAACUGAGGGAAUGUUUGACAACAAGCUAUGAAUGGAGCUAUUCCAGCUUGGAAAUCACCUGCUCAGAGUCGGUCAGGCUGGUGAACGGGACCAGCCGGUGUUCAGGCAGACUGGAGGUGAAGUCCGACGAGUCGUGGUCAUCGGUGUGUGAAGGGGAGUUUGACCAGCAGGUUGCAGAGGUGGUCUGCAGGGAGCUUGACUGUGGGGUUCCUUCAGUCCUCCAGGGGGCGCUCUAUGGAGAAGUGGAGGCUCCAGUGUGGAGCAGAGAGUUCCAGUGUGAAGGAAAUGAGUCUCAUCUCCUGGACUGCAAAUGGUCUGACUCCGCUCCAAGCACCUGUUCACCUGACAAAGCUGUUGGACUCACCUGCUCAUAUCCACUCAGAGUCAGGUUGGUGGGUGAAAGAAGUCGCUGCGCUGGCGAACUGGAGGUGAACCACCAGAGAGAUUGGAGACCAGUGGCGGACUGGGAUGGAUGGGACCAGAUGUUGGCAGAUAAAGUGUGCACAAAGCUGGAUUGUGGUUCUGCUGUUUCAACAAACAUUACAGAUAAUUCGCUGGACAGACUUGUGUGGUGGAUCAAGAAUUCCUGUGCCCAGUUGGAAUCUGCCCUCUGGGAAUGUGUGAUGCAAGUUGAUGAUAUUGAAACCUACGCUGGCAUUGACGUGAUUUGCUCAGGUUUGCUGGUUCAGCCAAACGUCUCCGUCUCGCCCAUUGUUGGGGUCUCCGGGGACAAGCAGCAGGGAUAUCAUGUGCUCUUGGGGUCCAGCUUCACCGUCACAUGUUCUACUGAGCCACAGUACCAAGAAGGCUCCUUCCACCUUCUCUUCAACACCUCCGACAUGGCACAGAACUACACCCUGCCGGCUGUCAAUCACUCCGCCCACUUCCUGUUCCCUGCUGCGCGCAGCGCCCACCGAGGGGACUACACAUGUGUUUACCACGUCUAUGUUUUCUCCUAUAACUUCUCCUCUGAGAGCCGGCCUCUCCAUCUAAUUGUCUCAGCUUCUGUGACUGAUCUGAUCAUCAGAUGUGUCGUGGCGCUGCUGGUUCUGACAGUGUCGACCACAAUCCUCUACUUCCACUUCAAGGCCGGAAGACGCCUGAGGAGAGAGAAGAACCUCCAGCCACUGAUCGCACAGAGAGAGAGGCUUGAGACUCGUCAGCGCCCCCACAGGUCAACAGCUGCUGCUGGACAUCGAUCGUCACGUGUCGACGUAGAAUAAAAUGAUCACAGCCGCAAUGGGAAGAGGCUUUAGAUGGAUUUCAUCCAGAUAUUGAAAAUGUGUCAAUGUACAAUAUCUGAGAUGCACAUUGCUAUUUCUUUUUCUUCAAAGACGAAGUUACAGUAACACAAACGCACAGGCUCACCAACAUAAAGCAAAUAGAGUCUGCUCAGAUCAAUAAGUGGCAAGUUUUUUUCCCCCAUUAAUUUACAACUUUUAAAACAAUGUUUUUCUCUCGUAAAUUUUAUCAUUUUAAUCUCAGAAAUUACAUUUCUUUGCUCUGAAUAUCAGCGGCUUAUCCUUUAAAAUUCAUGACAGUGAUUUUGGAAGUGGAGUAUGAGGGAAAGUUGCAGCACUUUAAACUCUUGUGGAAAAGUUAACAGUAACAAAAACAACACAGCUUAUUGUCAGUUAUUGUUAAAUUGUCAUUUGUUUAUAUAUAAGUCACUGCUUUUAUUUACUCCUUUAUUAACACAUUUACAUUUUAUACUCAUCUUUACUUUUCAAUCUCGCUUAUACUUACAUGUACAGUAAACCUUUAUUUAGUCGAUAUUUGAUUCCUAGUUUUGCGAAAUGAAGUUAUUAUUAUUGUUGUUGUUUUUGUUUGUUCCCAUAAGGAAGAUAAGUCUCCAUUAUGUGAGUGUGUAAACAGAUUUUGUUGUUUUUUCUUCAAAGAAAGAUAUAUGUUGACUUGGAAAGAUGAAAAAUAACUCUCUCAAAUCAUUUUUUCCCCCCAUGAAUUUACAACUUUAAUCUAAAAAAAACGUGAUAUGUUUUUUCUCUCUCAUAAAUUUUACAAUUUUAAUCUCAGAAAUCACGUUGGUUUCCUCUGAAUAUUCCCCACAAACCAAGUAUAUAGAAAAUCAGCAGACCGGUCAUUUUAGAAAUUCAUUGCAUUGAUUUUGGAAGUGGAGUAUGAGGCAAAAUUGCAGCACUUAGUGAAGAGUAAGAAAACAACACAGCUUAUUGUCAAUUAUUGUCCCCUACACACCGGGGGCACCGCACCUUCAGUGCUCGGGCCCUAAUAAUAAUAAUAAUAAUAAUAGUAAUAAUCCUUACGGAAACGAUAGGGCCUUGCACCUCUGGUGCAUGGCGUCCUCUGGUGGACACCAGGGGCACCUCACCUUCAGUGUUCGGGCCCUUAAAUAUUAAAGGCUGUUCUAGAUAAGAUGAGAUAAGAUAUACCUUUAUUCGUCCCACAUUGGGGAAAUUCGAGUAUUACAGCAGCAAAGUGGACAGAAAAAUAUAUAAGAAGUUUACAA